ACCCAAUUUAAGACGGGGCUAAAAAGCCUUGCUCUCUCAUUUUUUUAUUUUAGAAAAAUUCUCAAGCAUACAGUUUUAGGGCUUAAUUGUGGGGACUUUUUUAUUACAUUUUUUUUAUUCCCAAAAGUUAACAAAUAGUUAAGGCAAGUUUGUGGCAUAACGAUGUUUCCUUUGUCAUUUCGGAAGAAGGAAGGUUGUUUUUGUUGUUGUCUUAUUUGUAUUCUUUCGUAUUUAGAAAAUAUGAAUGGAGCCUGAUACCCAGAAAAAGAAGGCUGAUAGGAAGGUUGUCAUUUUAGGAGACUCGGGUGUUGGUAAAACAUGCCUCAUACGAAGAUAUAUAGAAGGAAUUUUCACUGAUGGUUCACCAAAUACAAUUGGUGCUGCGUUCUUUCUAAAACAAUGGAACAGCAAAAACAUUGCAUUAUGGGACACAGCUGGUCAAGAAGAAUUUUCAGGGUUGACUAGUUUCUAUUGUCGUAAUGCGAACGCUGUUAUACUUUGUUACGAUCUAACGUGUCGAGAAACUUUCGAUACACUAAUGGAGCGUCAUUCACGUCUGCUCGAAUCUGUCGCGCGAAAUUGUUUAAUGGUAUUUGUGGGGACUAAAUUUGACAUGUUGAAUAAGAAAGUGAGUGGUAAAUUGCAGACUCGUGGCGUCACACCUAAAGAAAUCCUGGACAAAUCUUCGGAAUACACGCAAAGAUUCAAUUCGUUGCGUCAUCCGAAGGGAAUUCCCCCUGUGUUCGAAACUAGUUCUAAAUCGGAUUACAACGUGUCUGACGUGUUUGAAUAUAUUUUUGAAACGUUAGCACCGGUGGAGGGUGCAAAUAAGUCGAGAGAUACUUCACCUUCGGGUCUGAUCGAAUUAAACAAUGAGCGCAGCAGUAAUCAAGAAGUAGGGAAAAAAUGUUGUUAAGAAAGACUUCUUUUUAUUUUUAUUUUUACCUAAUUUUUUUUUAAAUGCAAAUUUUUUUUUAAUUAUGGAUUAUUGUUAAUAUUUCGAAUGUUUUACGCAUUACACGUUGUAAAUUAUUUUCUUUAGCAAGUUUUAUAAGGAUACACUUAGGUUCAUUUUUUUUUGCAGCCGAGACGAAAAUUAGUUCUUGCGAUAAUUUUUGGAAAAGUCGACAUUGCGGAAUUUGCGCAAAUUAAUUUUUUUCUAAAAGAUUUCUUGCGAAAAUUUAUUUCCCUAAGUAUUUUUUGUGAGUAUUAAUUUUUUCGCUUUUUUUUUGGAUCUUAGCUAAAUUCGUGAAAUUAUAUACUCGAAAUGGCCUUGAGCAUAACAUUCGCAAAAAUUACAAAAUGGAGGGAACAUUUUCACUUCAGAAGAAUUUUCUUCACACAUCAAAAAAAUUUUCAAUGUACCUUUAUGAAUGUUUCAAUGAGAAAUUUUUUUUUAAAAAAAAAUGUAUUUGGUAACAUUUUCACCUCACAGUAACAUUUUCACCUCACAGUUCAAAAUUAAUACUCGCAAAUGAUCAUCUGCGAAAAUUAUUAUUCACGAAUUUUAUUAUUUUUUUUCUACCUGCGAAAAUAAUUAUGUACGAAAAUAAGUCACCUUAAAAAUUAAAAACAGUGUUUAGUAGAAAUACCAACAGUUUCGCGAGCAAAACUUUGUGUUUUUGAAAACAUUUUUUGCGGACAAGAACUGAAAAACAGAAAUAUAAAAUUAGCUGAAAGCCAAGCAAAUUAAAUAUUUUAUUCCGUUCCUUUUCCCUGUUAAGUGUAUAUUCAACUUUUAAUGUCGCAGAAUGCGAAAAAAUAAGUUGCUUUUUUCUGUUUAUGUAGAACCUUUGGUUGAGUGUUGAUUUAAGUUGAAAAAUGUGAAAUAGAAGAAGGAUAAAAGUUUUACUUUUUUAUUUAACCAAGAGAUAAUUAUACCUUCUUUCCACUAGUUCCUUCUCGCUUUUCUUUUUUAAAAAAAAUCAUAUUUGUCGAUUAAUUUUCGUCAAAAAUGGAUUAUUUUUUAUUUCGUUUUUUCCAUUAGCAACAUUGACGACUCCAUAAUGAAUUAGAGCAUGUAUUGGUUCCAUUAAAAGAAGUUUAUUGCGGUAGAAAAUACAGAAUUUUUAGGGAAGAAAUUUUGACGGUAAUUUUUACGCAAUUCUCAUAUUUCUACCAUUUGUUUUCUGUACGAACACUUCAUCGACUGAAAUAACUACAGCUAUACGUAAACGAAAUUUUCAAACCUUUAUAUAAUCAUUAUUCCAAAAAAAAAAAAUAUUUACUAUUUUACAACUUUAGACAGACGAUUAGAAAAAACCGAUAUAGUAAAAAUUCUCUUUUCAUUUAAAGUGAAAAGGUGAUUUAAUUUUCCCAGCCGUAAUUUGUGACCUGCAAUUCAGGCGCUCUAAGGAGUCUGCAUUAAAAAAAAAAUCUUUGACUUUUUUGCCAAAGUACCUUUUCUUGCAGAAUAAGCAAAAAGGAAUCAAUCCUGCAAAAAAUCGUGUCCUGCAAAAAAAUAAAGUUCAAAAAUUUAGGAGAGGAAAGGAGUUCGCAAAAAAAACAAUUCGCAGACAGAUCACAACACUCCCAAAAUAAAUUUUUAAAAUUUACAUAUAUUAAGCCUGGUUCACAUUUGCUAACCCAGCGCAAACGCAACAUACGCAUGAGCAAUCUUAAUUUUUUUAAUUCAAUCAAGACGUUCACACUUCUUUUGUCAUUAGAAAACGAAUAUUUCCAAAGGAACGUGUUUUAUCAGCUUUUUUUCAAAAAAAUCCUUUUUCAAUCCUUUUAUAAUAUUCCUGACCUAAUAUUCCUGACAAAUUUGUACAAUUUUUUUUAUUUUUAUUCUUAAGAAUUUUCUCACCUAUGUUUACGCUUUUCAAAACUGUCUUGCGUGGAGCUUAUGCUUGCGUCAAAGUCAGACAAUUCAAUGUAUAGAUAUUUAUGGGUACGGAGACUCUAUAAAAAUAAUCUAGAAUAAUCUAGAGAAUUCUAUAAAAUACAUAAACUUGUGAACAGUUGAAGGUAUAAUAUUUAACAUCCUAACAACAUAACAUUCUUAUAUGCAUAGGAAGUUAUAAUCACGAGUUAAAUCAUUUUUUUAAAAAUAAAAUUCUAAUUACA